UUAAUUUGUCAACAAGAGAGUUAACAUCUGCUAAAAUCAAAGAAAUACUUAACAAAUAUGUUCAUAAUGUUAAAAAUUCUCACAAAUCACUCUUCAACUCUAAAAAUAUACCUAAUGAUACUCUAGAUAUAUUAACCUAUUUGAAAUUUGUAAGUCGUGAAAAUGCAAUAGUGCAACUAAUGAAUAAUAUGAGCAACUUACACCAGCUUGUAAUAAAUCCAAGAGAAUAUGCAAAACCUUUGAAAAAUUUAUAUUUUGCUGCUGCUGUAGAAACAGCUGGGAAAGGCAAAACAAUAUUUGUUCGACGUACUUAUGAAAAUGAAGAUAAAUAUUAUAGGGUUGUAAGACCUGAAAUUGCAGUUGCAAUAAAAAAUUGUAUUUAUGCAGGUCGGUCUUUCCGUAUAGCAUAUGAUAGUUUUACUAUGCAUGAGUUUAAAGAGGAAUCUGAAGCUAUAUUUAGAUUAAGAUUACUUUAUGAGACAAUGAAAUAUAAGCUUGGAAAAACAGAAAUUUCAACUUAUAAGAAUUUUCAUGAUAAAUUUAAGGGAUAUACUAUUGCCCUUAAUGAAAUUCUUGAUGUUAUUCUUUUUUACUUUUCAAAUGAAGAUAACAGCUUGGAUCUACCUCUUAUAAUCAUCAAUAUUGAUGAAACUAACUCAAUAUUUGAACGGAAUAAAGACAUAUUUCUUAAAGAAGUUGUCAAAUCACUCUCAGAUAUAAUUUUUUGA